AUCUGUUCUAACGACGCCUCCCUGAAUCUGGAUUCAGUGGUAGGUUCUUCAAAAAGGGAACCCCUUUCACCACCUGGUUCUUGAAUCCACAUAGAAGGUGAGGCGUUUCAUUAUUUAAUGCAAAAUCCAUUCUUUUUGUUUCUCCUUCAAAAUUCAUGCAAGACAUUUGAAAAAAACGGAUCAAGAUGAGAAGCAAGAGCGGUUUCAGUUUCUUCUCUAAGAUAACAUCUUCAAGGAAAAGACCUUCUCUUUCUCUUUCAUCAUUACCUAGCAAGAGUUUCGAGUCGUCAUCGGAAAUCGACCGGACGAUCGAUAACGCCGCAGAGAUAAUCGAGAAAUGGAACACAGAGUAUGUUUCCGCAACGAAAUUUUACUCUCUGUUUUGCGAGAGCAAACGAGAGGCGAAGAAGUUCGUGAGACGCGUCAAGGAACUGCAGAACGCGAUGGAUUCGUUGAUUAGAGAAGAUCCGAAUUCAGAGAAUCUCCUUAGAGCCCAGAAACUGAUGCAGAUCGCUAUGAAAAGGCUUCAGAAUGAGUUUCAGCAGAUUCUGUCAAUGAAUCGUGCGCAUUUGGAUCCCGAAUCCGUCUCGAGUAGAUCGCCUACCUCUGUCGUAUCAAACGAAGACGACGUUUGGCAUGAGUCUCGUCCUGCUGGAGAUUCCAUCGUCGAAGUUGAAGAGGUGUCGAAGAACUCGACGACGGAGCUUAAAUCCAUCGCAGAGUGCAUGAUCGCCGCAGGUUACGCGAAAGAGUGUGCGACUACGUUUAAAUCCAUCAGAAAAUCGAUAGUCGACGAAGGGAUUUACCGACUCGGAGUCGAGAAAAUAAGCUCUUCCAAGGCGAAGAAGAUGCCAUGUGAGGUUAUUGAGUUGAAGAUGAAGAGCUGGGUCGAAGCGGUUAAGGUGUCGACGAAGACUCUCUUCGACGGUGAAAAGACACUCUGCGAUGAAGUCUUCGAAUCCUCUGUUUCUCUCAGAGAGUCAUGUUUCCGAGAGAUCACCAAGGAAGGAGCUCUUCUUCUGUUUGGAUUCCCGGAUAUCGUUGCCGUGAGAGAUAAGAAAAAUCCAAACCCGGAUAAGAUUUUCCCUUUGCUGGAUAUGUAUCGCACAAUCACGGAGAACUUACCGGCGAUCGAAUCGAUCUUCUCCUCCCCGUCACUCUCCUCUGUUCGAUCUCAAGCUCACAACUCGCUUAACCGACUCAGUGAGUCGAUUAUUUCUCAUCUGUUGGAUUUCGAAUCCGAGAUACGGAAAGAUUCGUCGAAGACGGUGGUUACUGGUGGAGGAGUGCAUCCGAUGACUAUCUCCGCCAUGGAUUACCUCUCUCGCCUCGCGGAUUACAGUAGUUCUCUCGUGACCAUCCUCGACGGAUCAUCUUCCUCUUCCGCUAAACCGUUGCUUCCGAAAUCGUACUUCAAUGCCUCGGAAUCCGACGGAUCUCCGGCUUCGGAGGUGAGAGUGAGAUUCGCGUGGAUGAUUCUCGUCCUCUUAUGCAAGAUCGACGGAAAAUCUGAGAUGUACAAGGAAUUCUCGAUGCAGUAUCUCUUCUUAGCCAACAACCUCCAGCACGUGGCGUCACGCGCACGCUCCACGUGCCUGAAGCAGCUCCUCGGCGACGAUUGGAUCGCGAGGCAUUUCGAGAAAGUCAGGCAGUUCGCUAAAAGCUACGAGCGGCUUGCUUGGGGUCCACUCUCGUCGCUGUGUCCUGAUAUUAGUACUUCGGAGGCGGUAGAGAUUUCGCCGGAGGAAGCGAAGAUUCAAUUCGAGAAGUUCAACGAGAGUUUCGAGAGCGCGUGCGAGUCACAGAGCGUUUGCGUCGUACCUGAUCCGAAACUGAGGGAAGAGAUGAGAGUUUCGAUCGGGAAAAAGCUGUUGCCGGUUUAUCGCGAUUUUUACAACGCGCAUAGAAACGCCGCUAUGUUGGCGGGAACGGAAGGUGGGUGGAAUGUCAGAUAUACCCCUGAAGAUAUCGGAAACCAAUUGUCGGAGUUGUUUAGCGGGGUUGGUGUUUCGGAGAAAACAUAUGUGUCUUCGACAUCUUUCGAUCUUCUUACACCUCCUCCUCACAAUCCUGGACGAAAGCCCCGAUCUUUGUCAUGCAGAAGAUUUUGAAGGAGAAAUCAAACAUAUUACUAUAUAUUUCCCCGCCAUUUUUCACCCUAUGAUAUUGCCGGAAAAAUAAAAAAAUUAUCCUAUAGAGAAAGUUAUACUCCACUAUAUAGUAAUAUAGAUAUGAGAUAUUCAUUUUUUUUUACUUCUCGUUUGAUACGAUUAAAGGUGUAAUGGGUUACAAAUUACGAGUAACACGGUAUAUUCAUUUGGUGUAAUAUAGUAUUACAACUAUCUGUUAAUCAAUGGCAAAUUGUA